AUGCGCCGCAGGAAGGAGGCGCGGAAGCUCCCGUUCAGCAAGGUUGGGACGCUGCGCUUUCCGUCGAGCAAGCGGAUGCCUGCGCGAUGGGUAAAGAUUGAUCUCAACACCAGGUCUGCCGAGCGGCAGGCCAUGGUCGACCGGCUUGCGAGCCUGUCGAGCGAGCAGAUCAGCAACCUUUCGAGGCGCUUCUACCCGAGAUUCUCCGCGCAGGAGCUGCGGGAGAAGCUGGCGCACCUGACGGCGAUGCCGCCCGCACAGUCGUCUCCGGACGGCCAGCUGCUGGGAAAGGCGCUCAAAAUUGCCGCCACCAGUGCUCUUCGCGAGCUCGUGUGCGGCGAGCAGUCCAUCUGGCAGCUGCCGCCGCCGUCCGCCCUCAUCUCGGUCACGGGCGGCGCUGGAUCCCUCAACAUGACCGACAAGCAGAAGCUUGUCUUUCGGCGCGGGCUGCUGUCCGCGGCUCGCACGACCAACGCGUGGAUCAUGACGGGCGGCACUAACGCGGGCGUGAUGGAGAUGGUGGGCCGGAUGCUGCAAGAGUCCUCGGUCGAGGUGCCGUGCAUCGGCGUCACGUCGUGGGGCGUGGUCGCCGACAAGGAGGAGAUGGCCAAGAAGGCCAACGGCCGGGUGCUCGACUACAAUGGCAAGACAAAGCUGGGGGCGAAGUUCGAGGCCGCGGAGCAGCGCGUGGCGCUGGACCCCAACCACUCGCACUUUGUGCUGGUUGACACGGGAGCCGAGGGCUCUUCCGCGUUCGGGAAGGAGAUCGCGUUGCGCAGCAUGUUCGAGACUUGCAUCUGCACCACCUCGUUCGGGGUCGACGAGGAGGGCUCGCCGCUGCCGACCCCGCCGAUGGUGCUGCUGGUCGUCGGCGGCGGGCCCAACACGCUAGAGACAGUGAAGGCGUGCCUUGAGCAGGAGCGGCCCGUGGUGGUCUUUGUCGACUCUGGGGGCGCCGCCAAGCACAUGCGCGACUGCUGGGACAACAGGCUGCUGCGGCGGCGGGGCGACGAGGCGGCGAGGGCAGACGAAGAGCUGUGCAAGUCUUUUGGCCUGAGCCUGCCGAGCGAGUGGACGCCCGCGCGGUACAUGAGCGUGCUCAACGAGGUUUGUGUCCUCGGCGAGAAGCCCCGAGGCGCGAUGCACGUGCCGCAGCUCACCUUUUUCUCCACCUCCGACGACGUGAGUGCCGGGAACGACCUGACAGCGCACCCAGGAGUGUCAGGAUACACAAUCUCAAUCGCACACAACGACACGGCGCCCCGUUGUGCUACAGGGUAA